CUCGUGAGUGAGUAUGUAAAUCCAAUCUAGAUAACAGCAACGUACGCUUUUGCUUACUACGGCGUAGCAGAUAAAAAAUCCACCUCCGUUAGCAAAUUCACUUCAUUUCGCAACAUUCCUUCAAUUCUGGGCAGAAAUAUUUUGCAAAAAAUGGGCCAAUCUCAUUCUUCCCCGGGCAAAAAAUCCAAAAAGAAGGUCACCACCAAGGAAACGUUACCAUCGAGUAUGAGUCCAAGUCGAGCAGCAGCAGCGACAGGUUUGAUAAAUUUGCAGAAUAAAUGUUGCAAAAGUGUACAAGACCAGAAAUACCAGAGGAUGAGGGAAGAGUUUGAGAAUGAUGUUCAAGAAUUUGUUCUUAACAAUUUGCUCCUGAGUGUGGAACUAUUUGACGAUUUUGAGAGCGCCAAACAAGACGCUGAACAAUUCAAGAUUGAGAAGGAACAAGACUUGAACGAAAAUGGGGUCUGCCUUGGAACAAAUAUGAUCCAGGGUCAAAUGGAAUACCGUCUCCUUUCCGGAAUGAGGCAUGUCCUCGCAAAUAACUUUGUUUACAAGAAUCGUGCCCCAAUGUCGAAAAUUGUGGGGGAUGCAAUUCUCCCCCUGGAUUUUGCAAUUAGUUGGAAAAAUAUUAAAAUUUUUCAUACCUGGGAUGAUGACGUUACGAAAGAUAAUUCUGCAUUUGGUGAAGAGUUUCAAAAUUGUAGACUUGUGAUGGAAGAAUCCAGCGGGAAAAAUAAUGGUAUGGGGCUAGCUAAUUAUUAUUUUUGUUUUUAAUGCAUACACUCUUAGAAGUCUGGUAUAGUCAGGCGCGUAUUGGUUUGGCGGUAUUGAAUUUUUUACUACCCGGUAUUAAAAUUAUACCAUUUGGUAAAAUUAGUUACUGCUAUGGUAUAACUUUAAUACUAACUGAAUACCAUGCCGUAUUUUUUAUCUAUACCAUUUUGAUAGAGUUAUAUAUUAAUACCGAUUGGCAUUUAUUUAAUACAUGAUUUCUAACAGUGUAUAAUUAAAUAUUUAUUUAGUUCCUAAAGGGUACGUGAGACUUUGGUCUGGUCAUAGCUGUGCACCCUCACCCUCAUGAGGGCAAAAUCGCCCUCCCUCAUGUGCCCUCACCCUCAUUUUCAUGAGGGCGAGGGCGAUGAGGGUGAGGGCGCUUGAUCUUCAUGAGGGCGAGGGCGAUGAGGGCGAGGGCGCAAAUUAACAUAUGAGGGCGAGGGUGGUGAGGGUGAGGGCGCUUGAUCUUCAUGAG